AUGGAGCAGUUCAACCACUCCAGAGUGUCUGAAUUUGUAUUGCUUGGACUUACUGAUUCUCCUGAGCUCCAGAUUUUCUUCUUUGUGAUGUUUUCCAUUUUCUACUUAAUGACUAUGCUGGGAAACUGCCUGAUUUUGCUCACGGUCCUGUCAACCCCACAACUUCACUACCCUAUGUAUUUCCUGCUCAGCAAUCUGUCUCUCAUCGACAUGUGCCUGUCCUCCUUUGCCACUCCAAAGAUGAUCACAGACUUCUUCACUCAGCGCAAGACCAUCUCUUUUGAGGGCUGCAUUUCUCAGAUCUUCUUAGUGCACCUCUUCACUGGGACUGAGAUUGUGCUGCUGAUCUCUAUGUCUUUUGACAGGUACAUUGCCAUAUGCAAACCUCUCCAUUAUUCAACAAUUAUAAGCCACAGAGUAUGUGUUGGGCUUGUGGUAACUUCUUGGACAGUGGGCUUCCUGCAUACAAUGAGCCAGUUAGCUUUUACUCUCUACUUACCCUUCUGUGGUCCCAAUGUUAUAGACAGUUUCUUCUGUGACCUUCCUUUGGUCAUCCAGCUGGCUUGUAUAGAUGUAUAUGUUCUUGGAAUCUUUAUGAUCUCAAGCAGCGGUGUAAUUGCUCUUAUAAGUUUCCUGCUUUUGCUCACCUCCUACAUCAUUGUUCUUGUUACUAUCAAGAACCACUCUUGCACAGGAUCAUCUAAGGCCUUUUCCACCUGCACUGCACAUUUCAUUGUUGUGUUACUGUUCUUUGGGCCCUGCAUCUUCAUCUAUGUGUGGCCUUUCACAGACUUCCUGGUGGACAAAGUUCUUUCUGUUUUCUAUACCAUCUUCACUCCCUUUUUGAAUCCACUCAUCUAUACUUUGAGAAAUGAGGAAGUGAAAAGAGCUGUGAUGAAGAAACUAAGUAACCAAUAUUUAAAUCUUGGGAAGACCACAUUAAGAUAUCCAAUGCAAUGA